UACAUAUACUUGAUUAUCCAAAGACAGCACUUUCUUUGGAUAAAAACUAUGCGGUCUCUGUGGACCCUGAUUCUGACUUUUUUACUGCACGUUACGAUAACAGUUUCCACCUCUGUUAGCUUAAUACCAGGUAGGAAUGCGGGAAGAGUGUCGAUAUACCACGGCGGAUGGGGCACCAUCUGUGACGACAUGUUCGGCGUUGAAGAGGCGCGUGUUAUCUGCCGUAUGCUUGGAUACAAACUAGUGGUAGCCGAGGCCUUCAGUUCUGCACACUUUGGUCAGGGCAGUGGUACCAUACUAAUGGACUCUCUCCGAUGUACCGGGAACGAGACGGACAUUGCCGACUGUCAAUUUGACGGAUGGGGGAAGAAUGACUGCUCUCAUAGCGAGGACGCCGGAGUGCAAUGUUCUGAACUCCAUUUACGAUUGGUGGGCAGCACUGUUCGGUACGAGGGUCGACUAGAGGGGCAGAACUCGGCGGGGGUCUGGGGUGAGGUCAUCAACACUGGUGUAACGGACAUGGACGCCUUGGGUGUAUGCCGUAUCCUGGGAUUCGAUUUACCGUCUGCCAAGGUCGUUUCAGGGUUGAAGUUCACCCAGGGUGUUCACAACCAGGUUCAAGCCAACCUGACGUGUAUGAUCAACAAUGUAUGUAGUUCUGACCCCUUCUCCACAGCUCACGGUACUCCACUCGGCAUAGAAUGUGGACACACGUCAGUCAGACUGGUAGAUGGAAAGAUGCCACUAGAGGGCAGAGUGGAGGUCCUCCACAAUGGCGUCUGGGGGACACUCUGUGCCGAACACUUCACACCACAGGACGCCAAGAGCGUAUGUUCUUCUUUAGGCGUGGAUAUGAGCCAUCAGAAUGCUACAGUUCACAGUAACGGAGAAUUUGGAAAUGGUCACGGACCAUCCUGGUUAUCGAACAUACAAUGUACCGGAAGUGAAAAAGAUAUUGGGGCAUGUAGAAAUAUAACAUGGGCGCAUCACACCUGUACAACAGGAAGUGUCGCAGCGUUGUCGUGUCCUUACACCAACAUCCGGUUGACGGGCGGUGUUGGACCAUGGGAAGGCAGAUUGGAGGUAUUUCACUCUGGAAGCUGGGGAACCGUGUGUGGUCAAGGAUUCGAACAGCCGGAAGCAGAUGUAGUAUGCAAGAUGCUGGGAUACGAUUCAAGUGAUGCUGCCGCAGAGAUACUACCGAACUCCUAUUUCCGCGGUCUUCCGUCAAGGAACAUAUUACUUGAUCAACUUGGCUGUUUUGGGUCUGAAGGUGAUAUUACAUUUUGCCGGACACAGGACUGGGGUGUAACCAACUGUUCACAUACACAGGAAGUCGGCGUCCGCUGUCAAACCAAGGAUGUGCGCCUCGUGGACGGAUCGCAUCCCCUUGAGGGUAGGGUAGAGGUAAGGGUCAAUGGGUCGUGGUCAACCAUCUGUGAUGACCAUUGGGAUGACCUUGACGCCACCACAGUGUGUCGGACGCUACUUCAGUACCCGAUUGAUGGAGACGUUGUUGGCAAGGCGUACCAAGGCGGAGUGUUCGGGCGAGGUACUGGGCAGGUCGGACUGUCGUAUGUACAAUGUAACGGUACAGAAGAGGAUAUUUUCCACUGCCAGAGAGACGGACAAAGACGCGUCAAUUGUGACCAUGACAGAGAUGCGGGGGUUGCCUGCUAUGUCGGCUAUAACACCACAUUACUGGAUAGUUCGAACCUCACAAACGACAAAGAGGGAAACAUCCACAUAUCGGGGAAUGCGAUAUGUGACGAGAAUUGGGACGAAAAUGACGCCAGAUCUGUUUGUAGGUCACUCGGCUAUUGGAGUAGCUCGCCGACCGUGUACGAGAACAACUGGUUCGGAUCAUCGUCUGGAGGCGGCAGCAAUAUCGCCCCACAGUGUCGGGGCAACGAGGCCAAUCUGGCCUUCUGUCCUCUGGCAAAGGAGUGGGGCAAGGACACGUGUUCCACAAGCGACAUAGCCGGUGUGAGGUGUAACCCAUCACCACUGGGUUACCACCGUGUUAGGUUAGUGGGAGGAGACCAGCCAGGCCGGGGCCACCUAUUGGUUAGGUACAAUAACAACUGGGGAUACGUGUGUGAUAGAGGGUGGACGCAGCGCGAUACAGUAGUCGUGUGUAGGAUGUUACGGUACAGAUCUAACAAUAUGACGUCCACUGCAUUAACUAAGGGGACCAGUCCGAUUCUUGUCGGAGAUAUAGAAUGUCAUGGUAACGAGACGGACAUCGGGUUGUGUAAAGCGGAUCUAGAUAAGUCUAACUGUACCGACAUGGUGGUCGGUCUAGAUUGUACAGACAACGUUCAAGCUCACCUAGUGAACGGUACCACUCCCCUGGAUGGUCGUUUGGAGGUACUCAAGGACGGACAGUGGGCUAUGGUGUGUAGCAGUGCUGUAAGCACCGCCACCGCCAAGGUCGUCUGUAGUAUGCUGGGCUACAGCAAUACAAAACCGAUUCUCAAAACAUUUACUGACGCAUCAAGUCACGUGACUAUCAACGAGAUGGCAUGUGAAGGAUGGGAGGACCACAUUGGUCAAUGUAAUCACCCUUCAGGACUAGGAUCCGUCUGUGCUCGUAAUGACACGUUCGUCAGUCUACGGUGUUUCAACUGCUCUUCGAGCUAUUCGACGGAGACAGGUGACAUUCAAUCGAUCAACUACCCUCAAAACUACGAAAAUGAUAGUGACUGUCUGUACGUCAUCACGCCCCCUAAGUCUCACUCGCCAUAUGCUCUCGUCAUACAGGAUCUAGUCAUGCACGACGAUGAAGACUUCCUAGAUAUACGAGAGACACCGAAUGGUCCUAGCCUCGGAACUUUUUCACGUGGUGACGUGUUUCCUGUUAUAACGGGCAAGCAAUUCUAUGUUAGAUUUCAUUCCAAUGGAUCUGGGUCUGCCAAGGGAUUCAGAUUAACCUGGAAACCUCUGGUAUUAGAGGAUGCAAUGACCUUGAACUGCGGCAGCACCACCUGGAACGCCGUCGUCAAUAUGACGGUACUGAAGUCGUUGUACCCGGAUGUUGGGGUGUCAGACCUUUAUCUCUCCAAACAAUCGUGUACUGGCACGGUCGUGGACGACCUGGUGGUGUUUCAGCAGGCUUACACAGACUGCUCGUCCUCCAAAACCACGACGGAUUCUGACAUCAUCUACCACAACCAAAUGAUCUACCCUAACGCGCGCACGCCCUUCCCUGUUAUCGUACAUAGUUACCUUUGGCGCGUGGACGUAGCGUGUAACGUAAAACGCCAGACCAAUGUGUCCCAGAGCUAUGUGCCUACGGCACCGUCCGCCACACAGACCGUAGACACCGGUCACCAUCACCUGUCAGGGUCCUCAAACUACGACAUUCACCUCACGUUCUACCAGGACCCAGGCUUCUACCAGGAAAUCAAGGGUAGUCCUAUAACAACACACAUUGGUGACAAUGUCUAUGUCAAGGUUGAUGUCAACACAAAUGACCCGGAAGUGAAAAUGAGGUUGGAUACAUGCGUAGCGAAGCCUACAGCAGAUGCAGGGCCUGAUCUAACGUACCCUCUCAUACAAAAUGGAUGUGUAGUUGACCAGGAUACCACGAUUCUAUCCCAGGGUUCCCACGUAACAAAGUUUUUAUUCAACGCGUUUGAAUUUCCGGCGAAUCACAAUUCUGUUGUUGUGUCAUGUAAUGCUACCUUUUGUCGGGCGGAUGAACUUUCGUCUCGGUGUUUACAGACUUGUCAUGCGCGAAGGUCAAAUGAUGUAAACAUGAUCACAAGAACCAACUUACACAAACCUAUAGCUAUCUACAUAUCACCAAUAAAUGAUACGAAGUCAAAGUCUCCAAUUAUAAAGUCAGUGUGACAACAUGUAUUAUUAUAAAAUAAAUAAAAUCAUGCA